AUGAAUUUCUCUAUUAGAAGAUUCUUGAAAUUCUUAGAAAAGAGAAAGUUUAAGACAUCCUUGGAUUCCUUUCUUAGGCAAAUAAUCAACACUUUUAUGAAUCUUUAAUCAAUAAGCAAGAAAAUCUAAAGGAUGUAAAAAAAUAAAUAACGAAGAUCACAAAUGUCUUGAGAAAUUUAUAAGAUCAUAAAUUUAAUUAAGAAGAUUAUUCUUCAGAAACUUAUGAAAUGGCGAGAUAUGAUCUAAUGAAGAGGAUGAAGGAAAAUAAGAGGAUAAUAGAUUUCAUCAAGUUUUUAGUACUCCUCCCAAGCAUUUACAGUAAAUUUAUUUAAAGUUGGAUCGAAUGCAUUAAAUUUUUUAGUAGGCAUGAAGGUAGAUAUCAGUAACCAAUCAUUUGAGAAUAUCGGAAUCAAGAAUACAUCUAUUAUUGGUGGAAACUUAGUCAGAUGUAAUUUUAAUGGAUCAGAAUUUGACAAUGUAGAUAUUAAUGGAGUCAAUUUUAAUGGUGCUUAACUGUUCAAUUGUUAAUGGAAGUAAAUUAAAAUCAAUGAAUUGAAUAAGUUAGAUGGUCACAGUGGAAGGGUGUUGUCUGUCUAAAUUUCUCCUGAUGGAAAUACAUUAGCUUCUGGUAGUGGUGAUAACUCUAUCCUUCUUUGGGAUGUAAACUCCGAUAAAAACUACAAUUAAAUUCUUGCAUAAUUUAAAGCACCACUAAUUUAAAAUAAUUCUCUACCAGGUAAUUAUUUUAUUAUUAUUUUUUAGAAUCUAACUAAAUUACAAUUCUGCGAAUAUUUCAAACGCCAUUAUUUGAAGCAAAAGGAGCUUUAAUCUUGAAUGGAGAUUUUAUAAAUGAUGAAGGAUACGACCUAAGAUCAUUGUUCAAAUCAAAAGGUAGUUGCUAUUUAGAUAACUAAUUAAAAUAAAAGAACAAAGAAAAUUGCAUAAUAUCUUGA